GAGAGGGGGGGGGGGGCAGAGAGAGAGAGAGAGAGAGAGAGAUGGACAUGGAGCAGCAGAUUGAGCACAGUCACCUCCCCAUUCGAGGCCUUAACCUCCAUGUCGCCCAGGCUGGCAAAGGUGAUCAGGGGGUGGUGGUGUUCUUGCACGGGUUCCCGGAGAUAUGGUACUCGUGGCGCCACCAGAUGCUGGCCGUAGCCGCCGCCGGGUACCGCGCCGUCGCGCCGGACUGGCGCGGAUACGGGCUCUCCGACGAGCCGCCUGAGAAGGAGGAGGUGUCGUACGACGACCUGCUGGAUGAUCUCCUCGGCAUCCUCGACGCCCUCUCCAUCCCCAAGGCAUUCCUUGUGGGGAAAGACUUCGGAGCCAUGCCAGCCUAUGAUUUUGCUCUCCGUCACCCCGACCGCGUGUGCGGUGUGAUGUGUUUGGGCAUCCCUUUCAGUCCUUUUGCUUUCUCCUUCGCCACCAUGCCAGAAGGAUUCUACAUGUUGCGCUGGCAGGAACCGGGAAGAGCGGAGGCUGACUUCGGCAGAUAUGAUGUCAGUAGAGUUGUGCGCACCAUCUACAUUCUGUUCUCUAGCAGCGAGAUCCCGAUAGCAAAAGAAGAUCAAGAGAUUACUGAUCUAGCAGACUUGUCGAGUCCUCUUCCUGAAUGGUUCGGUGAGAAGGAUCUUGCUGUCUAUGCAUCACUCUAUGAGAAGUCUGGUUUCCGGUAUCCACUGAAGAUGCCAUACAGGUCUCUCGAUAAGAGACAAACAAUUGAAGACCCAAAGUUCCAAGUCCCGGUGUUUGUUGUCAUGGGGGAGAAAGAUUACGUCUACAAGCUCCCUGGUUUCGAGUCCGUUUUGAAAGACGGCAUCAUGGAGAUGUUUGCGCCAGACCUGAAGAUCGCCUACAUCCCUGAAGGAAGCCAUUUUGUGCAGGAGCAGUUCCCAGACAAGGUGAAUGAGCUGCUCAUUGGCUUCUUGAAGGACCAUCCUGUUCCUGUGGCUGCGUAGAUGUUCUGGUUUGACAUAAACCACACAUCAUGCUCGAAUUUAUAAGCCACUGGAGCAUUAGCUUUUAUAUGAUUUAUCAAUAAAGGAUUUGUGAAUUGUGAUUGCUGACUUUGCCCCCAGUAUGCUAUUUAUGUUUGAACCUUGCUGUAUCUUGUUUGUAAGUGUAUACCCCGAGUUUUAUUAGCAAUAGAAUGCUAACAUUUCUGUCU